AUGUACCGUUCAGCCAGCAACAAUAGAUUCGCCGACGACAAUUUCAGCUACUACACGUCGUCGCCGUCGUCAAAAGUCCCGACGGCGCUGAGAUCUCUGUCGGAGGGAGCCGACGAGCUGCCCACGUACGAGCCGCUGUCGGAGGCGGCUAAGAAGGAAAAAUCUCGCGCCAAAUUUGCAGAGCGUGCGGUUCAUCUGAUACCUUUGAUCCUUCUUCUGUGCGCUUUCAUCCUAUGGCUUCUUUCCAAUCCAGACAUUGAUGUCCGAGGUAGUUCCAUAGCAGCAGAAAUCGAAGGAAUUUCAGGUGAGGGUCAUUUGGACAGUGAUGGAACAGGACAUUUGCCCAUGGACUUGGGAGAUAUGGAUCCAGCCAAGAUCAGAGACUCAAAAAUUAUAUUCUCACAAACCAGAUCAUGA